UUUUAACACUCCACUUUCGGUAGUCAACACUAAAUUUACUAUUUUGGUUAAAGAAAAUGGCAAGCAAACAAUUGAUAAACAAGUUAACCAAAGUUGGACGUUGUGGACAGCAAUGGCUGAAACCCAUGACGACCGUGCGCCAAUCCAGCACACGAGGUGACAUUGAGAAGGUCACACACACUGGUCAGGUCUUCGACAAGGAUGACUACCGCAACGUACGCUUCACCAAUGCCAAACGUUAUGUGAAUGAGAACUGGGGCAUCAAACUGAUUGAUGAAACGGCUCCAAUUGAAACCACUGAGCGUGUUGUUUACUGUGAUGGUGGCGACGGACCACUGGGUCAUCCUAAGGUGUACAUCAAUCUGGACAAACCCGGCAAUCACAUCUGCGGCUAUUGCGGUCUCCGCUUUGUCAAAAAGGAUGGACAUCAUCAUUAAGACCUAGUCCCAAAUAUGAUCAUUGUUGUUGCUUUACUUAGUUUAAAUCUGCCAGCUAAAUAAAAUCCUAAAAUGAGGAAAACUAUCGAAAACUGCAAAA